AUGAACCCAUUCCUCCGAAAAUUCGCACUGCCGGGGAUGUUGUUGCUCGAAUUCGUCUUCGCAGACAACUUCUGCGCGAGAGUGAACUCUGCGCUCAGUCUACCAGAGUGCACAAACAAAUGUCUCCAAAACCACCGACAAAACGGCAUCUGCGCAGACGACCUACGAGGCUUCUGCCACCACCCCAACGGCGUGCGACUCUACUUCGCCGAAUUCGCAGACUGCCUACUCGACAGCUGUAAAGACGACAUCGACCGCGAGAAUUUCAUCGCGACUUUUGAAGCCCAGUGCUCCCUGACGCAAUGGCCAAUCAGAGCCAUCGAGGGGCGAUUCAAUGAUUACCUCAAGAUUCAGGUGGACUCUAUCUCAGAAGCAGAGGUGUCGACUAUUGAGGCAUCGGAACCUUUACCAGCAUCUAUCGAGAAAGUGACACAGAAGAGUCAUGACCCCUGGACUUCGAUUCGAACAUUCAUCACUUCAUCUUCACCCUCAUCCUCCUCCUCCUCCAAAGAACUACGCUCACCGCCCAAUCUCGAGCAAAUCCAAUCAGUUUCACAGGGUGAAUCCCAAGGGCCUCAAACACGCCUCUCCCCACGAACAGUGUCUUCACCACCACCCCCACCACCGCCCAUCAAGCCUGGAGUGAAAGCCGCUCUCAUCGCCGGAGGCGUCGUAGCAUGCCUCGCUUUCGUCGUCGCGAGUGUGUGCAUCUGGCGGAGGAAGCCGACGGACGGGGACAUCGAAUCUGCUCCCUGCGCCUGUUCAUCGAAUAGUUAUGUUCGUGAUGGAGAGAAGGAGGUCGUGGCUGGUAGGACGGCGGUUGGCGGGCCGGAGUAUGCUGUUAGUGAGGUUACGAGGUUUGAUGAUGCGAGUUCUGUUGCGCCGUUAAGGGGGGAGUCGAGAUGAUGGGUUCUGUUUGGAUUCAUG